UUGAUAGUUUCUUCUGCUUUCUCAGACAGAAGCACCGAAAUCUUCCUCGAGAAAAAGCUAUUCUGCACGGUUUACUGUAGGGCGGGAUCUUCUUCGUGGCCAAAAGCUGCCCAUGAAUGAUACUGGUGAAACUAUAAACGGGUGCAAAGAAACCAACCUCACCAAUCUAACGGACUUGUCUGUGACUGAGCAGGAGGAUUCAGAAAGGGGAAGUUGUAGCAGACAGGGCAUGAUGAGAUCGAACACAACACUAAACUUGCUAAGCCCGAACCACAUUGCUGCCUCUCAAAGUAAUUCAUGUUCUUCCUCAGCAAAGCCAACAAAAGCUGAUAAGUUGCCGAUCAUAAAACUCAAGACCUUGGACGCUUGUAAAGAAGCAUUAAGAAGUUUAGCAGCCUCAAGCGAGACUGCCCUCGAGGUAUUUUCAAAACUAAAAGACGUAAUGCCAACACGCGAAGGACCUGAAGCUGAGUUUUAUGCUGAGACAGCAGAAAUGCUUCCAUCAAUAGCUAAAAAUGUGCAUGAAAUUGCCAAAUUUGCAAGUUCAUAUGGGGAUGUGAAAAUCGAUAUCCCAGGUUUUGAACCAUUGUUGGGAAAGUUUGCUGAGAGUUUAUCACAAAGGGUUAUUGAGUUACUAAAGGAAAACUGCACAACUCUAUAG